CCCACCAUGUCUUCGAAAACCUGGAACGUCGGAAUUGUGGGAUACGGGCUGAGCGCCAAAGUCUUCCACAUUCCUUUCAUCAAGGAAGUCCCUCAAUUCAAGAUCUCAGCCAUUGUGCAGCGCAACCCCAAGCCGGAGGACGAUGCGGAGAAGGACUUCCCCGGCAUCAAGUCUUACCGCAGCACCGAAGAGCUAGUCAAGGAUGAGGGUGUCGACCUGGUUGUCAUCACUACCGUUCCCGAAACGCAUUUCGAGUUGACCAAGCUGGCCCUCGAGCACGGAAAGCACGUCGUCGUCGAGAAGCCUUUUACCCCCACUUCGAAGGAAGCUCAAGAGCUCGUUGCCCUGGCCAAGAAGCAGAACAAGCACCUGGCCGUAUACCAGAACCGUCGCUACGACGCCGAUUUCCAGACUGUGUCCAAGUUGGUCAAGAGCGGCUCCCUGGGCCGCGUCGUUGAAUUCGAGACUCACUUCGAUCGCCACCGCCCCGAAGAGCCUUCUGCAGAUGCUUCGAAGUGGAAGAACAAGGUUGUUCCCGGAGGUAGCGCCAUCUACGACCUGGGAUCUCACCUCCUGGAUCAGGCUGUCCACCUGCUCGGCAAACCUGAGCGCGUGACGGGCUUCCUCGGCUCCCAGCGCGAGGUGAACUCCUCCGGUUACGAGGACUCCUUCACCGUCCUGCUUCACUACAAGAACGGUCCCCUGGUCACGGCCAAGGCUGCUGUUGUCAGUCCCGAAGUCGAGCAGUUGCGCUUCUGGGUCCGUGGAGACAAGGGUAGCUACAGGAAGUUCCAUCUCGAUAUCCAGGAGGAGCACAUCAAGGCCGGAUUGAGCGCCGGUGACAACGGAUACGGCCGCGAGCCCAGUGACAGAUAUGGCACUCUCACCACUAUUCAGGACGGAAAGCCUACCAGAGAGGUCUUCCCUACCGUCGAGCCCCCGACCUGGACCGAGUACUAUAGAAAGUUGGCGCGAGCUCUUGCCGGCGAGUCCGAUCUCCCGGCCAGUGGAGCGGAAGCCAGCGAGGUUAUCCGCUUGAUCGAGUUGGCCCAGGAGAGCUCCAAGCUUGGCAAGACGCUGGACUUCUAAGUGGUGGGUAGUGCGUUUGUGUAUAUGAGUACUUAGAGAUUAUGAUAUAAUGACAGGAUGAGAAUUGAAUUUCACAUAUGAUGC